AUGAAGGCUAUCUAUCUAUAUCUAUGUACUGUGGACUCGUGUUUGUGUACGAAAUUUUAUUGUAACAUUUCAGCUUUUAUCGGAAUAUGAAUAUACAGUGAUUGUGAAUUAUUUGCAUGAGAAUGCAGAGAUUACCAGAUACACAAAACAUACUUAACCUUGUGAUAUAAACAAUCCCAUAUUUCAUCUCUAAGAAACCUUGAGGCAAUAGCAUCAUAAUGAAACAAAGUUCUUCAAAAUUGGCAUCAAGGAGCAAUGGCUACCAGUCUGAUGAUGAUACUGUGCGAUACAAGCUGAAUACUGAGUUCUUUAACAAUACAAACAAGGCUGCAAUAAAGCCGAACAAGAAACAAGAAAAUAUAGAACCCGAUGAUGGUAUUCGAUACAUGUUUCCAAAAGUUUUAUUAAAAAAUCUAGCAGUUGAUAAGAAGCCCAAACAGAAAAUUAAAGUUAACUUUUGGAGCAGCAAACAAUCUCUAAACCGCAUGCGCAAACCAGAUGCAAAAAAAGAAACCUCAAAUCGCAGGCACACAGUAGCUGUGCCACCUCUUGUGAGGUUAAAUGAUAAACCGAAGAACUCUGCUGUGAAGGUACGCAAACAGGUAUCAUUUCUCCCUUGUCCAUUGUUCUCUGAUAACCAUGUACCGAUGGUGACUGUACCUGAUGACUUGACUAUUCAUCUUAAUGAAGAAGAGGCAAAUGAUCUUGGCGAGGACUUAAACCAAGGAAUAACUGAGCAAGACGCUGCAACUAAAAGCAAAUUAAGUCAUUUGUCCAAAAGGAAAUCCCGCUCAUUAACAACUCAAACGAGUCCCAAAGGCACAAAACGCAAGCAAAGCUGUGACGACUCUGAUGGUAGGUCCCAUGGAAAUGAAAAUGACCUAGAAUUCUUCUCCAAGUAUGUGGUACAAAAGUUAAGGAAAAUGGAAACCAACCAACGGAUUUACUCAGAAAACUUAAUUAACACAGUUCUCAUGUUGGGACAACUCUCCAAGUUGAAUGGUAAAUAUAAAAUAUUAGAACAGUAAUAAUAGCGUGUUAAAAUUAAUUUUAAGAGUUACCCUUGUGUAUUUGAGUUAACAUGGUUGAUAAGUUUGAAGAAAUUGAUUAUUAACGUUUCAAAGAAAAGUAUAUUAACUUUAAAAUGAGGAAUGUUUAACAAAAAUAUUGUUACUACUUUAACUGAACUUGUGCAAUAAUAACUAACAACUAGCUCAAGUAAAUUGCUUUCCAGCAAAAUUCAGAUCCCAAUGAAUUUGUUAUGAAUGUGACUCGCACAAGCCUAAUUUUCUAAAUGUAAAAUAGAUUUCCACAAACUUUUCAUAAUUUUAAUAAAUUGUAAAAACAACAAAUAUUGUAACAUAUUGUGUUCAGUCACAUUUCCAUUUCCUUAUUAUUUUGUAGCUUUAAGGUAACUAUUUAUACAUAGUUAGUAUGUACUUGUACAUAAUUAUGAUUAGCGACAAGAACUUGUCACUGAUAUAAGUAACAAUUUACAAAAAUAAUAACUCUUAAGUACAGAAACUCUAAUAUUUAUUUUUUAAGGCAUAGUGUAUCUAAUGAAAUGUCAUGCAUGUCUCCUGUUUAAUUUAUUUGUUAAAAUAUUUUCAUUUAAAAACUAUGUUUAUAAACUAAAUAUUGAAACUAUGGAAUGAUGUUAGUAUAUUUACUAAAAUUUGCAUAUUUCUGGAUUUUGUUUAAGCCUUCUUACAUAUCACGUAUAUUGUGCUAAUUGUUAUUUUUCUUGUGCUAUUUGACUGUAAUUUUAUGUAAUUAAGUUUUCUGUGCAUACAAAUUUUAGUUGUAACUGCACAAGCUGUGCUAACUUACAUUUUUUGGGUGUAUUUAUUUUCUGAAGAAGUAAAGCUUCACCAGAUGCAUAAUUGAAGGAAUUAUAAGUCAAGUGUUUUAGUGCAGUUUUCUGUGGUGAACUAGAUGGCGCUGUACAUCGCAAUUUGGUUUGUGAUAACAGGAUUAUUUAAGCGCCAUGCAACUUCUACAUCCAUACUAAUAUUAUAAAUGCAAAAGUGUGUCUGUCUGUUACCUCUUCACGCUUAAACUGCUGAACCGAUUUAGUUGAAAUUUGGUAUAGUUUGAGUCCCGGGGAAGGACAUAGGGUAGUUUUUAUCCCACUCCACGCAGACGAAGUCGCGGGCAUAUCUAGUAUUAUAAAUGCGAAAGUGUGUCUGUGUCUGUCUGUUACCUAAUAAUCGCUAAACCGAUUUAGAUGAACUUGGUAUGGGGAUAGUUUGAGCUGUGGGGAA